GUAUUGAAUAAACACGAACUCUGGUUAUGAAAUGACUGUCUUUAGCACUUCCUGAAACAUGACAGGCCAUAGCGCUCAGUGGAAAUUAUUUAAGUUUCUCAAAGUGCUGCUGUUUAGUGUCAUAUUUUCGAUUACCGUUUUGUUCCUUGUCGCCACAGUUAGGACGUUUACAUUUGAUGCGGACGCGGGGCUUCAGCUGGGAAAAUGGGAGAAUACAACAGCCAUUUCUCUUCAUAUAAACCCACAACAGAGAAAGAACCUGCUGGCAAAUUUCAAAGCGGCUAUUCAGAUUCCCACUGUGUCAUUCACUGAGACAAAUGUGAACCGGAGCGCACUGCGCGAGUUUGACGGGCUGCUGAGGAAAGUCUUUCCAAAGAUCUUCUCAUCCAGCUUGGUCCAACAUGAGAUGGUGGCAAACUACAGUCACCUUUUCACGGUACCAGGUAGCGAGCCUAAUCUGGAGCCGUACAUGCUGCUGGCACACAUUGAUGUUGUGCCGGCCGACGAGGCGGAUGGAUGGGAAGUUCCUCCUUUCUCUGCACAGGAGCUCAAUGGCUUCAUUUAUGGACGAGGAACCAUUGACAAUAAACAGUCUGUGAUGGGUAUCCUUCAGGCGUUGGAAUACCUGCUGGAACGAGAUUACACCCCUCGGAGGACUUUCUACAUAGGUUUGGGUCACGACGAGGAGGUGAAUGGUUUACAUGGGGCAGUCAAUAUCGUGAAGCUCCUGAAGAGUCGUGGGGUGAAGCUCCAGUAUGUUUUAGAUGAAGGCCUGGCAGUGCUGGAUGGUGUCAUAAGUGGCUUGGAUGGACCUGCUGCCCUAAUAGGUAUCAGUGAGAAAGGUCAAGCAACAGUAAAGCUAAGUGUCAGCAGAGCUCCGGGACAUUCAUCCAUGCCGCCCAGAGAAAGCACAAUUGGCAUCUUGGCGUCAGCUGUCAAAAGAUUGGAGGAAAAUCCGAUGCCCAGACUAUUUGGUUACGGGCCUGAGCGUGGCACGUUUGAACACCUGGCCCAUAAGUUUGGUUUUCCUCUCAGAUUCAUCAUGUCUAAUCUGUGGCUCUUCUCUCCGCUACUCAGCAGGGUGAUGGAGAGAAAACCUGACACGAAUGCUUUUGUGAGGACCACGACUGCCGUCACAAUGUUUAACUCGGGUGUAAAGAUUAACGUAAUCCCAUCAUACGCUGAAGCUUUUGUCAAUUUGCGUAUCCACUCAGCCCAAACGCUGCAGGAGGUUCUGGAGUUGGUCGAAUCAACUGUAUCAGAUGAGCGUGUGAAAGUAGAGCUGGUCAGUGGAUUCGACCCGCUGCCCAUCAGCUCCUAUGAUGAGCAGGCGUUUGGCUUCCAGAUCAUAAAGAAAACAGUGCAAAGCAUGUUUCCUCAGCUCACAGUAGCCCCUGGUAUCUGUGUUGGCAACACUGACAGCCGUCACUACAAGGACAUCACGCAAGAUACAUACCGCUUUGCUCCAUCAUGGUUCAAACCAGGUGAUCCUCAGAGAUUCCAUGGUGUGAAUGAGAGAAUCUCCAUUCAGAACUAUGAAGAGAUCGUGCUGUUCUACUUCCAGCUCAUCCAGAAUAACGACAUCAGGAAGUUGCCGCCACCUCACAGUAGCCAGCAUGAGCUGUAAAUGGUGGGACGUUACUUACACUGAUCUCGAGACACUGAGGUUUUCGAAACUAAGUUCAGGGAGCUUUGUUUUAGCAGGUACGAAAUGAAAAUGUGAAUAAAAUGAAUGUAGCUUUAAAAGAACCACAAUGGAGAAUUGAAGGUUGUGAAACAUUUCAGUCAUGAAGAUCCUUUCUUGCAUUUGAUACCGAGCAGAGUUUAAACACAAACGUUGGUUGUCAGGUGUUGACAGCAUGUAUACAAGCAAAAUCUCACAUUACAUACAGUUAAAGUCAAAAGUUUACAAGUUUCUUUUCAUGUUCUUCAGAAAAACCCUUCAGGUCCCACAAAUUCUUUGGUUUUUUUAGUAUUUUUGUGUAUUUGAACCCUUUCCAACAAUGACUGUAUGAUUUGGAGAUCCAUCUUUUCACACUGAGAACAACUGAGGGACUCAUGCAACUAUUACAGAAGGUUCAACGCUCACUGAUGAAACUGUUGAAAAACCAAAGAAUUUGUUUAUGGAUUUUUCUGAAGAACAGUGGGCAGUUUUAACUGUUCAGGAUAAACAAAAGACUCAUGAACAACUAUCACUAAACCAAAAAACACAGCUGUGGAUCAUUCAGGUAACAACAUAGUAUUAAGAAUCUAGUGUAUGUAAACUUUUGAACAGGGUCAUUUUUAUAAAUUCAACUAUUAUUUUCUCUUAUGGACUGUGUGUAAACGUCUUUUAUGUGAAAUAUGUUUUUCAGGUCAAUACUGAAUAAAAAAUAACAUGCAUUUUGUAUGCAUGUAAACUUUUGACUUCAACUGUACUUGUAUUUCUAUUUAAACUGUAGUAUCACCCUGACUUAAAAGUAAUGGUUUUUGCUGUUGUAUUUGGCAGUUAGUCCAGCAGAAUUACUAAGUUUGUUGGCUGAAUGACAAAGCAACCCUGACCAUGACCAAAAACACACCCUUAAGCACAGCAUAGUUACAAUUCACCUGAGCUCCUUAGAAACUGUACACGGAAAAAGACAAGCUAGCUAUGUGAAUGAAUCAGAAUUGAUCAUUAUUGAGUGAUGAAUGGCUUUCAAGACAAAUUUCCAGAAGUUUUAACUCACUUAUUGUGUUUCAAAGUAUUUGUGAGUGCAGAGGUCUUGAGCUAGUUAACGCUGGUUAAUAUUUCUAACAUCACAUUGUCAAACAUGCUGCUUUGGACUAACCUUCUGAGAGAUUCAUCUCAAACAGCCUAUCAAAUGCUUGUUUUGGAUUUACCUUGUUUCAAUUUGUUUAGAUUUUAUGAAGGUUUAGGUUAGCGCCGUUACAUUUUCAAAGCUUGCAUUAUGGGCUAAUAGAUAAGCCUUAGACUGAAGUGAUUUAUUAUGACUGAUUAUGUCUGGGUUCAUUAACCAUUUACCUCAUUGGUUGUCAUUGGUUGUUUGAAUGUUACUUUGAAUCCUCAGUAAUUGUUUUUACACUGAAAUGGUCUGUUCUGAGACUGAAAAUUACUGUGAAUGUUUUGCAUUAAUAAUUUUGAAAUUUCAAGGUUAAAUAAAUUUUUCAUUUCAAGUUUAAAUUAAUAAAUUGUUUUAAUAUAAACAUA